UUGGCUGUUGAGGUGUUUGCUGCCUUAAAGAUGCCUGUCUCUCAUACAGUCAGCGGAUUGAGAAGGUAAACAUAGUCAGGCCGCUCUGUCUGCGCUGGAAUAUCAACAUGGAAAAUUGACACAGCCAGCUCUGAAACGAAGUUUUAAUACAAGGCUCAGUCCUUACCUCUCUUGUAAAAAAUGACUAGUCACCGAAGGAGUCUAUCUGAUAGCCUUGUGCUUGAGGAUAGUGACAAAGGAUUUGUGAAUGUCUCUGGAAACCUUGAAGAAUAUCAAGAAGGAGAUGGAACUAUUGGUGGCAUGAAGAAUGAAGUGAUUGACAUACUGAAACUUAUUGAACCAUACAAUCACAAGAAUGGAGGUCUGUCAAGGCCAGACAUGAGAUCCAGUAAAAGCUUGGGAAAUUUGGACAGAAUCAAAGCUCCAGAUGAGCUACGUAAGGAUUCUUACAACAAGCUGUUCAAUACUAAAGUCAAGAGGUUUAUUAAAGGAAAAAGCCAAGAUGAUGUCAGACUGGGGAGGAUCUCAGCCACCGAUUUUAAAGGUCCAAGAAUAGAAGUGAAAUCGGAAAAGUCUAACCUUCCAAGAUUUGUCAGACCUGAUAUUGAUGUUGGAGGAGACGUCACGGGCCCAGACUUUAGUUUGUCAUCCCCCGAUUAUGGACUAUCAAAUCUGAAAACCGGACUUCCAAAUGUGGGCUUACCAUCAGGCAACAUGAACACACCCAGGUUUAAAAUGCCUGAUUUUGGACCGACAGCACAUAAAAUAGUAGCACCUGAUGUCUCACAACCUACGAUUAAGGGACAAUUCAGUUCACCAGACAUCACAACCCCAGAUCUCAAUGCACACACUCUAGAUAGACUCAAACUGCCAAAUUUACAAAAGCCACAUUUGAACUUUGAAGUUCCAGAUGGUGAUAUCGAUACAUCUGGACUCAGCAAGGACUUUAAAGCUCCUGACUUUAAUACUGGCGCUCCCUCAGGAAAAAUAAAAAUACCAAAAUUUGGAUUAUCGAGUCAUGUGUCUAAAGGAGGGGUUCAUGAGAAAGACAUUCAGUUGAAUCUCCCUGAAGCUGAUUUAAGGGCACCAAAAGUGAAUAUGAACUCCCCUGACAUUGACAUUGAUAAUCCUACAGGGAAAAUUCAAAUGUCCAAAUUAAAAAUGCCAAAACUUCCAGGUUUUAAAGGACCUGACAUUGAUGUGAAAGGAGACUUGGAAAGGCCUGAUGUGAUGUGGUCCUCUCAUAAAUUUGAUGCAGAUGUUCCUGAUAUUGACAUUGAUGGGCCCAAAGCAGACCUUAAGGGUGUGACCCUACCAAAUAUGGACCUACCAUCUGGUAAAUCAAAAAUGCCUAAAUUCAAGAUGCCUGAUUUUGGACACUCAAUAUCUAAUGUAAAGGCACCUGAGAUGGAUCUUUCUCUGCCUAAAAUGAAAGGACAGAUAAAUUCACCAAAUCUCACAGCACCAGAUUUAGAUGUUGAUUUCCCUACAGGUAAAAUCGAAGGGCCAACAAUUAAAGAACCAAAAGCUGAUAUCAGAGCACCUGAAUUCAACAUCAAUGCUCCCUCAGGGAAACUGAAAUUGCCAAAAUUCAAAGGCCCUAAGGGAGAUAUAGGGUCACCAGACAUGAAUUUGGCUUUCCCUGACGCAGACCUCUCUCUACCUAAAAUGAAAGGAGGGAUACAGUCACCAAAUCUCACAGCCCCAGAGCUUGAUAUUGAUGUUCCCAAAGGUAAAAUUAAAGGACCAACUCUUAAAGAACCAAACUUUGAUAUUAGGGCACCUGGAUUUAAUAUUGAUGCCCCUUCAGGAAAACUGAAAAUGCCAAAUUUCAAAGGUCCCAAUAUUAAGGGAGAUAUAGGUUCACCAGACAUGAAUUUGGCUUUCCCUAGAGGAGAUGUGAAAGGACCAACACUAGAUCUGAAAUCUCCAAAUGUUGACCUUGAUGGCCCCUCAGGGAAAAUCAAAAUGCCUAAAAUGAAAACACCCAAAUUUAGCCUUCCUGGUUUUAAAGGACCCGAUCUUGAUGUCAAAGGGGACUUGAAAGGGCCAGAUUUGAGCAUGUCCUCUCCUAAAUUUAAUGCAGAUAUUGCUGAUCCUGACCUUGACAUUGAUGCCCCCUCAGGAAAACUGAAAAUGCCAAAUUUCAAAGGUCCCAAUAUUAAGGGAGAUAUAGGUUCACCAGACAUGAAUUUGGCUUUCCCUAGAGGAGAUGUGAAAGGACCAACACUAGAUCUGAAAUCUCCAAAUGUUGACCUUGAUGGCCCCUCAGGGAAAAUCAAAAUGCCUAAAAUGAAAACACCCAAAUUUAGCCUUCCUGGUUUUAAAGGACCCGAUCUUGAUGUCAAAGGGGACUUGAAAGGGCCAGAUUUGAGCAUGUCCUCUCCUAAAUUUAAUGCAGAUAUUCCUGAUCCUGACCUUGACAUUGAUGCCCCUUCAGGAAAACUGAAAAUGCCAAAUUUCAAAGGUCCCAAUAUUAAGGGAGAUAUAGGUUCACCAGACAUGAAUUUGGCUUUCCCUAGAGGAGAUGUGAAAGGACCAACACUAGAUCUGAAAUCUCCAAAUGUUGACCUUGAUGGCCCCUCAGGGAAAAUCAAAAUGCCUAAAAUGAAAACACCCAAAUUUAGCCUUCCUGGUUUUAAAGGACCCGAUCUUGAUGUCAAAGGGGACUUGAAAGGGCCAGAUUUGAGCAUGUCCUCUCCUAAAUUUAAUGCAGAUAUUGCUGAUCCUGACCUUGACAUUGAUGCCCCCUCAGGAAAACUGAAAAUGCCAAAUUUCAAAGGUCCCAAUAUUAAGGGAGAUAUAGGUUCACCAGACAUGAAUUUGGCUUUCCCUAGAGGAGAUGUGAAAGGACCAACACUAGAUCUGAAAUCUCCAAAUGUUGACCUUGAUGGCCCCUCAGGGAAAAUCAAAAUGCCUAAAAUGAAAACACCCAAAUUUAGCCUUCCUGGUUUUAAAGGACCCGAUCUUGAUGUCAAAGGGGACUUGAAAGGGCCAGAUUUGAGCAUGUCCUCUCCUAAAUUUAAUGCAGAUAUUCCUGAUCCUGACCUUGACAUUGAUGCCCCUUCAGGAAAACUGAAAAUGCCAAAUUUCAAAGGUCCCAAUAUUAAGGGAGAUAUAGGUUCACCAGACAUGAAUUUGGCUUUCCCUAGAGGAGAUGUGAAAGGACCAACACUAGAUCUGAAAUCUCCAAAUGUUGACCUUGAUGGCCCCUCAGGGAAAAUCAAAAUGCCUAAAAUGAAAACACCCAAAUUUAGCCUUCCUGGUUUUAAAAGACCUGAGCUUGAUGUCAAAGGAGACUUGAAAGGGCCAGAUUUGAGCAUGUCCUCUCCUAAAUUUAAUGCAGAUAUUCCUGAUCCUGACCUUGACAUUGAUGCCCCCUCAGGAAAACUGAAAAUGCCAAAUUUCAAAGGUCCCAAUAUUAAGGGAGAUAUAGGUUCACCAGACAUGAAUUUGGCUUUCCCUAGAGGAGAUGUGAAAGGACCAACACUAGAUCUGAAAUCUCCAAAUGUUGACCUUGAUGGCCCCUCAGGGAAAAUCAAAAUGCCUAAAAUGAAAACACCCAAAUUUAGCCUUCCUGGUUUUAAAAGACCUGAGCUUGAUGUCAAAGGAGACUUGAAAGGGCCAGAUUUGAGCAUGUCCUCUCCUAAAUUUAAUGCAGAUAUUCCUGAUCCUGACCUUGACAUUGAUGCCCCCUCAGGAAAACUGAAAAUGCCAAAUUUCAAAGGUCCCAAUAUUAAGGGAGAUAUAGGUUCACCAGACAUGAAUUUGGCUUUCCCUAGAGGAGAUGUGAAAGGACCAACACUAGAUCUGAAAUCUCCAAAUGUUGACCUUGAUGGCCCCUCAGGGAAAAUCAAAAUGCCUAAAAUGAAAACACCCAAAUUUAGCCUUCCUGGUUUUAAAAGACCUGAGCUUGAUGUCAAAGGAGACUUGAAAGGGCCAGAUUUGAGCAUGUCCUCUCCUAAAUUUAAUGCAGAUAUUCCUGAUCCUGACCUUGACAUUGAUGGACCCAAAGGUAACAUUAAUGGCAUGACACUUCCAAAUGUGCACCUACCAUCUGGUAAAACAAAAACACCUAAGUUUAAGUUGCCUAGUUUUGGAUUCUCAGGAUCAAAAAUGAAGACCCCUGAGAUGGAUUACUCACUUCCAAACAUGAAAGGAGAGAUAAACUCACCAAAUCUCACAGCUCCAGAAUUAGGUGUAAAUGUCCCUACAGGUAAAAUCAAAGGACCAACUCUUAAAGAACCAAAGUUUGAUAUCAGGUCACCUGACUUCAACCUCCGUGCUCCAUCAGGGAAACUUAAAAUGCCAAAUCUCAAUGGCCCCAGCAUCAAGGGAGAUAUAGAUUCACCAGACAUGAAUUUGGCUUUCCCUGAAGGAGAUGUGAAAGGGCCAAAACUAGAUGUGAAAUCCCCUGAUAUCGACAUUGACAGUCCUACAGGGAAAAUCAAAAUGCCUAAAAUGAAAACACCCAAAUUUAGCAUUCCAGGUUUUAAAGGACCUGGCAUUGAUGUUAAAGGAGACUUGAAAGGGCCAGAUUUGAGCAUGUCCUCUCCUAAAUACGAUGCAAAUAUUACUGGUCCUGACCUUGACAUUGAUGGACCCAAAGGUAACAUAAAUGGCAUGACACUUCCAAACAUGCAUCUACCAUCAGGUAAAACAAAAACACCUAAGUUUAAGUUUUCUGAUUUUGGACUCUCAGGACCCAAAGUCAAGGCACCUGAGAUAGAUCCUUCACUGCCGAAUAUUAAGGGAGAUAUAGGUUCACCAGACAUGAAUUUGGCUUUCCCUAAAGGAAAUGUGAAAGGACCAACACUAGAUCUGAAAUCUCCAAAUGUUGACAUUGAUGGCCCCUCAGGGAAUAUCAAAAUGCCAAAAGUGAAAACACCCAAAUUUACCAUUCCUGGUUUUAAAGGACCCAAUCUUGAUGUCAAAGGAGACUUGAAAAGGCCAGAUUUGAGCAUGCCCUCUCCUAAAUUUGAUGCAGAUCUCACUGGACCUGACCUUGAUAUUAAUGGACCCAAAGCUAAUGUUAAAGGCAUGACACUUCCAGAUGUGAACCUACCAUCAGGUAAAACAAAAACACCUAAGUUUAAGUUCUCUGAUUUAGGACUCUCAGGACCUAAAGUCAAGGGACCUGAGAUGGAUCUCUCACUGCCUAAAAUGAAAGGACCAAACCUUACAGCCCCAGAAUUAGAUGUUGAUGUCCCAGCAGGUAGAAUUAAGGGCCCAUCGCUUAAAGAACCAAAUGUUGAUGUCAGGGCACCUGAAUUUAACAUUGAUGCUCCCUCUGGAAAACUGAAAAUGCCAACUAUCAAAGGUCCCAAUUUUAAAGGUGAAAUGGGUUCACCAGACAUGAAUUUGGCUUUCCCUGAAACAGACUUGAAAGGACCAAAACUAGAUUGGAACUCUCCAAAUGCUGACAUUGAUGGCCCCUCAGGAAAAAUCAAAAUGCCAAAAGUGAAAACACCCAAAUUUAGCAUUCCUGGUUUUAAAGGACCCAAUCUUGAUGUCAAAGGGGAUUUGAAAAGGCCAGAUUUGAGCAUGCCCUCUCCUAAAUUUGAUGCAGAUCUCACUGAUCCUGACCUUGAUAUUAAUGGACCCAAAGCUAAUGUUAAAGGCAUGACACUUCCAGAUGUGCAUCUACCAUCAGGUAAAACAAAAACACCUAAGUUUAAGUUGCCUGAUUUAGGACUCUCAGGACCUAAAGUCAAGGCCCCUGAGAUGGAUCUCUCACUGCCUAAAAUGAAAGGACCAAACCUUACAGCACCAGAAUUAGAUGUUGAUGUUCCAAGAGGUAAUAUUAAGGGACCAACUCUUAAAGAACCAAAUGUUGAUGUCAGGGCACCUGAAUUUAACAUUGAUGCUCCCUCUGGAAAACUGAAGAUGCCAACUUUCAAAGGUCCCAAUUUUAAAAGUGAAAUGGGUUCACCAGACAUGAAUCUGGCUUACCCUGAAGCAGAUCUUAAAGGUCCAAAACUAGACUUGAAAUCUCCAAAUGUUGACAUUGAUGCCCCCUCAGGGAAAAUCAAAAUGCCUAAAGUGAAAACACCCAAAUUUAGCAUUCCUGGUUUUAAAGGACCCGAUCUUGAUGUCAAAGGAGACUUGAAAGGGCCAGAUUUGAACAUGCCAUCUUCUAAAUUUGACGCAGAUCUCACUGGUCCUGACCUUGAUAUUGAUGGACCCAAAGCUAAUGUUAAAGGCAUGACACUUCCAGAUGUGCACCUAACAUCAGGUAAAACAAAAACACCUAAGUUUAAGUUGCCUGAUUUAGGACUCUCAGGACCUAAAGUCAAGGCCCCUGAGAUGGAUCUCUCACUGCCUAAAAUGAAAGGACCAAACCUUACAGCCCCAGAAUUAGAUGUUGAUGUUCCAAGAGGUAACAUUAAAGGACCAUCACUUAAAGAACCAAAUGUUGAUAUCAGGACACCUGAAUUCAACAUCAAUGCUCCCUCAGGGAAACCGAAAAUGCCAAAUGUUAAAGGCCCUAAUAUUAAGGGAGAUAUAGGUUCACCAGACAUGAAUCUGGCUUUCCCUGACAGAGAUGUGAAAGGACCAACAAUAGAUCUGAAAUCUCCAAAUGCUGACAUUGAUGGUCCCUCAGGAAAAAUCAGCAUGCCAUCAGUGAAAACACCCAAAUUUAGCCUCCAUGGUUUUAAUGGGCCUGAGCUUGAUGUCAAAGGGGACUUGAAAGGGCCAGAUUUGAGCAUGUCCUCUCCUAAAUUUGACACAGAUCUCACUGGUCCUGACAUUGACAUUGAUGGACCCAAAGCUAAUGUUAAAGGCAUGGCACUUCCAGAUGUGCACCUACCAUCAGGUAAAACAAAAACGCCCAAGAUUAAUUUGUCAGAUUUUGGACUCUCGGGACCUAAAGUCAAGGCACCUGAGAUGGAUCUCUCUUUGCCUAAAAUGAAAGGAGAAUUUAAUUCGCCAAACCUUACUGAUCCAACAGGCAAAAUUAAAGGACCAACUCUUAAAGAACCUGAAGGAGAUUCCCCUGAUAUUAGCAUUGAUGGCCUCAUAGGAAAAAUGAAAAUGCCCAAAGUAAACACACCAAAAUUUAGUCCAGAUUUAGGCCAUGACAUUGGCAUUAAUGGACCAAAGACCUCAGGCAUAAAUAUGAAUUUUUCUGAAGCUGAUAUCAGAGCUCCAAAACUCGAUGUAAAAUCUCCCGAAAUUGACAUUGAUGGUACAGAAAGCAAUUUCAAAUUACCAAAAUUCACAACACCAAAUCAAACACGUCAAUUUGAUAUUCAACGAUUUAACGACAUGUAUUACAACACUCAUACACCAACAACUAAUAUUAAAGGUCUCAAAACAGACUUUACAACUCCAGACAUUUCAUUGCCCUCAGCCAAGGUAAACUUGUCUGGCAGUGGCCCAAAUAUCCAUCAAAAAUCUGACACAAAAAAUCCUAGGGAUAGAAAUACAUCAUAUGGCAGUAUGAAAGUGUCAAAAGACUUAGAGUCUUUAGUAUCAGGCAUGGACCUUGAAGUACCAAAACAAUCCUUAAAGGGGUCAAAGUUUAAACUGCGAACACUAGUAUGAUGGGAACAAUUUUCAUAUUAUUGUGUACCCCAGAAAGACAGAUCUUUAAAAAAUAAUUGAUUUCAUGUACUUUGUGAAGAAUAUAUCAGGGCUAUAUCACAUGUAAAUACUUUAGGAAAAACAUAUCACAAUUAUACACAGAAACUAUUCUAUAGUAUCUUUUGUUGCAGCUUGUGUAUAUACAUUUUUGUAUGUUUGUUUAGUACCACUGGCACUUAAAACAAAACCUUGUACAUUCCUGCACAAGUACCCUGGGAGUAAGUGUAGAGUUGAAUUAAAUUACAAUUACAGUGCAUUUGAAUAUUUUACACAAUUUAAUAUAUUACUGUUUACAUAAUUUAAUGAUGUUUAAAUGUUCAUCAAUGUAAAUGGCUUAAAUUAAUAUGAAAACACAUGACACUGAUGAUGUUUUAUUAGUUUGUGCCUCAUUUAUAUAAUGUGUAUUAUGCAUUUGUUUGAGAAUUUGUUUUCAUAGUGAU